UUGCAUAUGGUUAAUCAUCAGUUAUUUUACGUCUGUUUUGUAUUGACGCUCAGCAACGGCUUCACUCGAUUAGCUUGUGUAAUCAGUGUUGUUCAUAAUUGACAUAUUUAAAGGCAUUGCAAAAUGUUUCUAUCACUGAUUGUGUCUUCUUCUGUGAUCUUGCUGGUGAAUGCUUUUCAGCAUACACCAGAAGUGAAUAUCGAAAGUGGAAGGAUUCGUGGGCUUGUUGCUAACCUCACCACGGGUCAUGUAGUCAGAAAGUACCUUGGUAUUCCUUUCGCUAAAGCAGAUCGUUUUAAGCCUCCACAAAACGCUACAAAAUGGUCAGACGUGAAGGACAUGACAAGCAUUGGGACAGAAUGUCCACAGAUUCCAAAUCGCUCUAUUGGCAAGAACAUUAGCGAGGACUGUCUCAACCUGAAUGUGUUUGUACCUGAGGUGUCUAGUGGUUCACCUUUACCUGUGAUGGUCUGGAUUCAUGGAGGUGCUUACGUAUUCGGCUCCAACAGAUUAUACGAUGGCAGCUACAUUUCUAGUCUUGGUGAUGUGAUUGUCGUAGUGAUAAAUUACCGCCUCACAGUCUUUGGAUUCCUGACAACAGGCGAGAAUGGUGAUCUUAGAGGCAACUAUGGUAUGUUAGAUCAGGUUCAAGCUCUGAAAUGGGUGAAGCGAAAUAUUGCAGGAUUUGGCGGGGAUCCCAACAAGGUGACCAUAUUUGGAGAGUCAGCAGGGGGUUCAAGCGUGUCUCUUCUCAUGUURUCUCCGCUGACCAAAGGCCUUUUCAAGAAUGUCAUCAUGCAGUCUGGAGCAGCAACAGCUAAAUGGGCUGCAGCAUACUACCAUGAAGCAAAGAAGGGAGCUGAGACAUUUAGCAAGCAUGUAGGUUGUGCUGAUAUGAAUGAGAUCGUAGCGUGUUUGAAGACCAAAUCUCUCAGCCAGAUCAUAAAAGCUUCAUCCAUGGUGAAUGAUGGUUCGUUUUCUCCUGUAAUCGAUGGGAACUUUCUACCAGAUGCUCCAAGUGUGUUACUUGAAAAAGGACUUUUUGAAAAAGUCAAUGUUAUUGUUGGAGUAAAUGAUGAUGAAGGAAGUGUGGCAACAAAUGUAUUGUCAGCCUCAUCGACUGGUAUGAACGUGACAGACGGCAUCCAAAGGGAUGUCUUUACAGCAGGAAUUAAAAGCAAUAAACUUGAGCUCGUUCGUAACCAAACAGAGCCGCUACCUUCCGCGAUGAUUUACCGUUACACAGACUGGACCAACGUGAGUGACCGUUACAGAAACCGUCGUAUGUUCAUGGACAUGAUUGCUGACUCUAUGUUCAUUGCACCAGCAAUCCAGUCAGCAAAAGCCUUUGUCAACCACAGCCGUCCAACGUACUUCUAUCAGCUGCAACACAGAGCAGAUUAUAAUAUGGACGGUAAGCGUGUGCCAUCUUGGUUAAGAGCUUACCAUGCUGCUGAUGUACCCUACGUAUUCGGCUUUUAUCUUAGCUUGAACGCUAAUCUCCUAGCAUCAAAAGAUGCUAAUUUUAGUCGUGACAUCAUAACCAUGUGGACCAACUUCGCUAAAUCUGGGGACCCGAAUAAACCAAAUAGUACCCAAAUACCUUGGCCUCAGUACGAUUUGAUCAACCAACAGUACAUUGUUCUUAAACCGACCAUGGCGAUAGAGGCUAAACUUCGUUCUSGGUACGUGGCUUUUUGGAAUGAUUUUGUUCCAGACUUUUUACGUUCAAUGCCCAAAGCAAARGCGUGCGAUGUUCCACUGAGUGACGCAAAUAAGAAAAUAGCAGAUAUUCUUGUGGUCAACGCUGUUCUCUUUGCAACACUUUUCGUAAUCGAAAGUAUCAACUAGCACAUGGUCAUUAACAGGAGUACUUCAUUAAUUUGUAAUUCAUGAGCGAAAACGUUUAUUAAAGACGAAAAGAGACUUUUUUAA